AUGAAUGCAUUUAUGGUCUGGGCACAAGCAGCACGGAAAAAUUUAACAAAUAAUUUGACGGCUGUGAACAAUGCACAAUUGAGCAAAACACUUGGAAAAUUGUGGAAAGCAUUGCCACCUGAACAGCGAAAACCGUUUGUUGACGAAGCCGAACGUAUACGUGAGCAACAUAAAAAAGAUCAUCCGGACUACAAAUAUCAACCAAAACGAAAAGCAAAAAGUUCAUCAUCAAAAUCUUCCGUCUCCUCUCGGUAUCAUCCAUAUAGUCAAAAUUCAAAAUUAUCCUCUUCCAUAAGCGAUAGUAUUCAAAGUCCUGGUUCGCCUGAUUCAUCUGUUGAUUCAAAGUCACCACCACAAUUAUUCACUAAUGAUUUUGAUCAUGAAUGUAAAGAAAAUUUUCAAUAUUUUUCCCCUUAUCCAUCCACACUAUCAACAUUAGGCACAAAUCUUCAGUCGUCGUCACCGUUGGAAAUUGAUGAGAAACAAUUGGGAACAAAUGACUAUGAUACAUAUAAUUGUUCAACAAUGUACAAUCCAUAUUAUACUCAAAACUCUUAUAUGCAUGAUAGUCGUUAUCAAAUGAAUGGUAAUUAUAUAUUACCCUAUUCAACAACACCGCCUCCACCACCAUCUUAUCAUUAUGGCACUCUCUCCUCAAAUGACUAUUCUAUUUCAUCACCAUAUUCAUUAGCAUCACGCUGUGCUGUAAAACAGAAUUUUGGAGAAAAUCAAAUAACCUAUAAAAUAAUAAUAACUACUGGUUCUAAAACAGUACCUCCACAAUUAAUCGGUCGUAUCGGAUGUGUUCGUAUCAUGUUGAUCGGUGACAAUGGACAAUUAGGUCCAUUUGAAUUAACAAGAAAAAAAGAAGAAACGUUUAGUUGGGGCGGACAAGAUACAUUUGAAAUAACAGCGGAAGAUCUAGGAAAUGUAACUAUUCCGAAUGAAUAUUAUUACAACAAAGAAUAUGCAUGA